AUGGCGAAAAAAGGAGCAGCGGACUCCAUAAAGUUAGGCUUCCAGGAGCCCACGGUCACGAUUCAAUUAGGGAGCCAUUUAAUAGACUUUAUGAUUGAUACUGGGGCUGAAUACUCAGUACUCCCAGAACUAUUGCAGAAAAAGGCAUCCAAAAGUGUAGUCAUUAAAAGUGCCACUGGUCAGUCAGCUAAGAGGUCUUUCCUCCAACCUUUGGAAUGCCAGAUUGGGGGACAUCGUUUAACCCAUCAGUUUUUGUAUAUACCUGAGUGUCCAAUACCUCUCUUAGGUAGAGAUAUGCUGUCCAAAUUGCAGGCCCAAAUCACCUUCACUCCUCAAGGUCCAGAAAUGAAACUGCCAUCAAAGGCAGCAGGAAUAAUUACCCUCUCAGUACCUAAGGAACAAUCAUGGCGCCUAAUGUCAGCCCUGCAAGUCCAACCCACAUUGGAUACAGAAUUAAACAAGCUCCUCCAAACCCUACAGGUGCCACCAGGAGUAUGGGCCGAAAAUAGCCCACCAGGAAUGGCUAAGAAUAUAGCUCCAAUUGUAGUAACCCUAAAACCUAUGGCUACCCCUGUAUCUGUAAAGCAAUAUCCUUUACCCCGGCGAGCAGCAGAGGGCAUCCAGAAACAUUUGGACCGCCUAUUAAAAUAUGGUCUGCUUAAGCCCUGCCAAUCAGAAUGGAACACACCCCUUUUGCCUGUUCGGAAACCUGGGACAGAUGAAUACAGGCCAGUACAGGACUUGAGGCUCGUAAACCAGGCUAUCGAGACCUUGCACCCAAAUGUACCAAACCCAUAUACCCUGCUGAGUUUGAUCCCACCAGAAGCAACAUUUUUUACUGUAUUGGACUUGAAAGAUGCAUUCUUCUGUUGCCGGCUGGCACCACAGAGCCAACCUAUAUUUGCCUUCCAGUGGGAAGACCCUUUGACAGGAACAAAAGGCCAGCUAACCUGGACAAGAUUGCCCCAGGGAUUCAAAAAUUUCCCAACUUUAUUUGGUACUGCCUUGGCGAAAGAUUUAACAAGUUACCCCUCAAUACCUGGAGAAAAGGUGGUUCUGCAAUAUGUAGAUGACCUUAUACUAGCGGCAAAGGAUUUUGAUACCUGUAAAGAAGGGACAGAGGAACUGCUCCACUUGCUCUGGGAAGCUGGCUACCGAGUUUCCCAGAAAAAGGCACAGUUAUGUUUAGAAAAGGUCAAAUAUUUGGGCUUUGACAUCUCACACCAACAACGAGCAUUGAGACCAGAGAGGAAAGAAGCUAUUUGCCUUAUUAAGGAACCUACCACAAGGAAACAACUCAGAGGAUUCCUGGGAACAGCAGGGUUUUGUAGACUAUGGAUACCUGAUUUCAGCAGUCUGGCCAAGCCCUUACAUGAAAGCACUCGAGGUGCAGAAAAGGACCCAUUCGUAUGGGGACCUGAGCAGCAACAAGCCUUUUUAGCUAUCAAACAACGACUUAUGGAGGCCCCAGCCCUUGGACUGCCUAAUUCGGAAAAACCCUUUCAGCUGUAUGUACAUGAACAGAAUGGGAUUGCAGCGGCAGUCCUGACCCAGAGAUUAGGAAGUUGGAACCGUCCAGUAGCUUAUUUGUCAAAACAAUUGGACUCAGUAGCAAAAGGAUGGCCUCCAUGCCUAAGGGCAGUAGCGGCCACUGCAAGCCUUGUCAAAGAAGCUGAUAAAUUUACCUUUGGCCAGACGAUGUAUGUGAAUGUACCUCAUGCUGUUCUGACACUUAUGGAAUAUAAGGGUAGUUAUUGGCUAACAAACCCAAGGAUGGCUAGAUACCAAGGCCUAUUGUGUGAAAAUCCCAGGAUUCAUCUACGAGUAGUGAAUAUGCUCAAUCCAGCAACUUUGCUGCCCCUACCAGAGGUAGAUGAUGAAGAAUCACAUGAUUGUCUCCAAAUAAUGGAUGAAGUUUAUUCCAGUAGACCCGAUCUGAAAGAUGAACCAUUGAAAAAUCCAGAUGUUGUAUAUUAUACUGAUGGUAGCAGUUACCUGCAUGAGGGUGCCAGACGAGCAGGAUAUGCUGUGGUCACCAAUGAGGAAGUUGUGGAAGCUGAAGCUUUGCCUGCUGGCACCUCAGCACAAAAAGCUGAACUUAUAGGUUUAACUAGAGCUCUGCAAUUGGCAGCCGGAUGUAAGGCAAACAUCUAUACUGAUUCUAAAUAUGCCUUCUUAACCCUGCAUGCACAUGGAGCUCUAUGGAAAGAAAGAGGUCUAAUCGGAGCCCACGGGAAGGCCUUGAAAUAUGGACCCGAAAUAGAAAUCCUGUUGGAAGCAGUAUGGGCUCCAGAACAGAUUGCUGUAAUGCACUGCAAAGGUCAUGGACGUGGAAGGGAUCCAAUAACCAGAGGAAAUCAUGCUGCUGACAAAGCAGCCCGAGAGGCAGCCCAAAAGCCUGUGGGAGGAUUUAUAGCAGCCCUCAUACCAGAGGUAGUUCCAGAAGAAGUUAAACCUCACUAUACCCCAGAAGAGAGGAAGUGGGCUGAACAGGAAGGGGCGAUUGUGAAGGACGGU